UUUGCCUCAGACACCUUCCGCCCUGGGGCGCCAAGGGAGAGCGAGAUCACGUUAGCCUUAGGCUCCGCCUCCAGCUCGGGUACUAGGCGGUCUAGACCCGAGGCUACCCGGGCCGGAGGCAGGCUUGAGUCCGCAGACCAAACGUUGUUCCCUCCCGGACCUUGGGUGCCGGGCGGCGCGCUGACCGACAGCCCCCGCUAGGCCCAGCAGGUCCCCUAGUCCCCCGCAGUGUCCCGCAGUCCCCCGAGACUCGCCGAGCGCCGUUGCUGAGCCCUGCGAAUAGCAGUCUCAGAUGUAGACCUUAUCACCAGAGAUGAGCUGCCAUCUUCUCUGCAGCAAAGGAAGGAUGCAUCACUGCACAGAAAUUGAAAAGGCCUCCAUGCUACUCUUAGUGGGGGUGGCCACUGCAACGGGUGUGGAUGUGCCUGACAAGAUGAAGAGCCAAAUCCCUGUGGUUCUCCUGGCCUGUGGCUCCUUUAACCCCAUCACCAACAUGCACCUGCGCUUGUUUGAGGUGGCCAGAGAUCACCUACACCAAACAGGAAUGUACCAGGUCAUCCAGGGUAUCAUCUCUCCUGUCAACGACAACUAUGGGAAGAAAGACCUCGCAGCUUCUCAUCACCGAGUGGCUAUGGCCCGGCUGGCCCUGCAGACAUCCGACUGGAUCCGGGUGGACCCCUGGGAGAGUGAGCAGGCACAGUGGAUGGAGACAGUGAAGGUGCUGAGGCAUCAUCACAGCGAACUGCUCAGAUCUCCACCCCAGAUGGAAGGCCCAGACCAUGGCAAAGCACUCUCCCCAACCCCUGCAGCUGUGCCUGAGCUGAAGCUUCUCUGCGGGGCAGACGUCUUGAAGACCUUCCAGACCCCCAACCUCUGGAAGGAUGCGCACAUCCAGGAAAUAGUGGAGAAGUUUGGCUUGGUGUGCGUGGGCCGGGCAGGUCACGACCCAAAAGGGUACAUCUCAGAAUCUCCCAUCCUACGGAUGCACCAGCACAACAUUCACCUGGCCAAGGAGCCCGUGCAGAAUGAGAUCAGUGCCACAUACAUCAGGCAAGCUUUGGGCCAAGGGCAAAGCAUAAAGUACCUGAUUCCCGAUGCUGUCAUCACCUACAUCAAGGACCAUGGCCUCUACACCAAGGACAGUGCCUGGAAAGGCAAAAGCACCCAGAGCGCUGAGGCCAAGACAAGCUAGGGAGGGGGGACUCAUGACCCACACCUCCUCCAGCAAGGUCCUGCUGAGGAUAGGGCUGUUAAGGUUUCUGUUUUACUUUGGUUUUUGCUUCUCCAUUUUUCAUUUGCUUUAUUUCUACAAUGUUUCUACUUCUGAGGAGUCUUCUGUCCCAGGAAGAGAUACCUUCUUUGCAGGAGAGGAAAGGUCUAAAUCACAAGGAUAGACAUUUAUCAAAGAAGUUAAAAUGGUGUGGCAGGUCAUUAGGAUUAGGCAGAAUCUCUCAGAGCUGCUGGACAAGGAGGCCUACUUAUUUUGUGUGGAUGGUAAUUAUGGCGUGCACACUGAAUGCAGUUCUGAGCAUGGCAGGGGCCCCUGAGGGUCAGAUCAGAAUUGCCCACAAUGCGUUUUUUUAACUAGGACCAGGUGCAGCAUGCUAGUCUUGAUUGGAAAGAUUUGACAGGAUGCUAAUUACUGAACAGUGGGUUUUUGUCAACGCCCUGGUUUCAGAAUAUGAACUGAGGAGUCAAACAGUUGGAAACAACACAUUGCUGAUUUACAUUGGAUCUUGCCUUACAAACCAUUGUCUGCCUGCCUCACCAACCUUUCAUAAAAUUUAAACAAAACUCUUUCUAUGUAGUGAUCCUCAAGCAGUAUUUUUGAUAUAGCAAGUGUCAAACUUGCUAUAGUAUAAAAGCCGGGGCUCCUGGUUUCCAGGUUUCUAAAAAGGAACUGAGGUAAAACAGAUGCCUGACUGUUUUAAAGGAUCUUUUUUAAUGUUUUAUGACUGCCUGUCUGUUUGAAUACUGGCAAGGGGAUAAAUAAUAAAUUGACAUCAAAAAGUACUAAUGAAAAGUUUCUCUUUUUUUUCCCUUUGUUAUAUUAUUAAUGCCUGAUGUACCAGCUGUUGCUCUUCUUUUUAGCUGCUCCAUGAAAUUUGCUACUGUUCCAAUCGAACUGGCAUGAAUUUAAAAGUUUGUGUUUCCAGGUAGUAGGAAUGGAGGAAGCAAUUGCUUUUUGGUGCCACACAAAUGACCUUCUAAAAGAAAGCACUGGGCCGAUAGCUCUUUUCAGGAGUUUGGAAUUUCAGUAAUCACCCUUGGUUGUGUGGCAGAAGAGUGCCUACAUCACUAGCCCACAAAAAACUCUGGAUGUCGAGUCUCAAGCAAGGCCCCCAGGCAGAAACAACAUGCACCGUUGCUGCAUUUCGCCGCUGGGGAGAGAAGCAUGUUCAGUGCAAACCCCACCCCAGAAGAGAGAACUUUAAAAGCCUGCACCUGGACACCUCCAGACUCUACCUUAUGUGCCUUUCCUCCUGUUGCGUGGUGUUUCACUAUGAUAACCGUUGUGUGGAUGCAACUGCCUCUGAGGUCUGUGAGUCCUUCAAGCAAGUCCCCAAACAAGAUGUUUCACCAAAGAAGAUACAUAGAUGAAUAUAAUAAGCACAUGAAAAGGUGCUCAACACCAUUAGUCAUUAGAGAAAUACAAACCAGAACCACCAUGAGAUACCAUUUUAUGCCCACUAAAAUAGUUCAAAUCCAUCUAGCAAUCCAUUCUUAGAUGUCUAUUGAAAGGAGAUAAAAACAUAUGUCCACUCAGACUUGUAGGCAAACAUCUGCAGCAGCAUAAUUCACUAUAGUAAACACAGGAAGCAAUUCAGGUGUCCCUCAACUGACAAAUGUAUAAACAAAUGUGUUAUAUCCAUGCAAUAGGACACUGUUCAGCAAUUUUACAAAGGACUAGUGAUGCCUGCAACAACGUGGAUGAACCUCAAAAUGAGCUAAGCGAAAGAAACCAGACACAGAAGAUACAUAUUAAAUGAUUCCAUUCACAUGAAAUUUCUAGAAAAGGCAAAACUAAAGAAGCAAAAGCAGGUCAGAGCCUGGAAAUGGGAUUGACAGCAAGUGGGCACAAGGAAAUUUUGGGAGUGAUAAAAGUGUUCUAAAACUAGAUUGUGAUGAUAGUUGCACAACUGUGUACAUUUACUAAGGCUCAUCAAACUGUGCACGUAAAAUGGGUAGAUAUUGUGUUAUUUAAAUGACACCUUAAUUAAGGUGUUUAAAAGAAAAAUCCCCCUGAGUUUCUCCUGCUUGCCUUUGAGGUGAAAGCCCAGCUCCUCAUGGGGUGGCCGCCUUCCCCCUGCAGCUCUUUCUCUGCUUCAUCCAUGGGGCUUUCUCCAGUUUCUCAUCCACCCUCUUUCCCGUGAGUGCUCCAGCAGGUGCUGUUCCCUCUGCCUGGCACGCCUUCUCACUUCUCCACUUCCUUGGGGUAACUCAGAGUCUUCUUCAACUCUCUACCUCAAGUCACGUUGCGCAGGAAGCCUCUCUGGCUCUGCCCACUGCACUGCUAGCUCCCUGCCCUUCUCCUUGGGGACACUCAUCACUCCUGAAACUAUUGACUCUUCUCCUAAGUACAGCUUCUGGCUCAAAGUGGGUGCUCAAUAAAUAUUUCAUAAAAUAA